AUGCAAUCAAGUAAAUAUCGUCUAACAGAUCCAGAAUCGGAAUUCAUGAAUGGAAAGCUGAAUUAUAAUUCAGACACGCUCGGAGAAACCCUGAUAAAUAGUACAUUUAUUGGAAUACAGAAAAAAAUUUGCGACUUUAUUGAUGAAGUGGAACAACGUGGACCCAUUGCAAAACUGUGGGUGCAAUUUUUAAAAACCACUACCCUUUUAAAACAGUUUGAGCAAGCAGAAAAGUAUGGUGAUUGGGCUUUGCAUUUACAAACUAUUCAAAAAAUGAUCCCAUUCUUUCACGCUGCUGGCCAUAAUAAUUAUGCAGAAAGUGCUUACUUAUACUUGCAAGAUGUUGUAUCCCUCGAAAAAGUCUUAAGCCCAGACGAGUAUGCAAAAUUUAUUACAUCUGGGUUCUUUACUGUCAGUCAGAAAACCACAGCUGUGAUACCUAUAGUGACCAAACUAUUAAACGAAAACUAAUGUAGGGGAUAAAAGUCAAAGGCGGGUUUGUGAAAAGAGG